UCGCCUUUCAUGUUCGAUCGUAGCCAUGAAGGACGUCGAUGAGCCUGCCAGCCUAUGAAAUGCAGGAGGAUGCGAUUGGUCAAAAUAUAUGUCAUUCAUCCCCUGUGUUACGUUGCACUGCAGCUAGAAGCCAGUGUAGAGAUACACAGUACACGCUUUGAAUGAAAGUCUUCAAGGGAUCCAGACUGAGACCUCCAGCAUCUGACAAUACACAAACACUGCCAUCAUUGAAAUUAUUUGUCAGUCUAUGUAUUCAGUCUGACUGCAAAACUUGUUCUAGGCAUUCACUUUGACAACGUUUCCAAGGAGAAGUGCCCGUCUCUGUGUCGAAGAGUGUGUGUGGCGAUGGAGCGAAUCACGGCGCAGCUCUUCGCCGGGCUGGUUGCCGCGGUGCUGCCCGUGCUGUUUGUGCAGUGUUGGGCGGACGGCGGCGGCGGCCCCAGCCUCUCCGAAAGGGUGAUCUGGGCUGUCAAUGCCGGAGGGGAGUCGCACGUCGACGUGCACGGUAUUCACUUCAAAAAGGACCCUUUAGAAGGCAGACUUGGUAAAGCGUCUGAUUAUGGGAUGCGUCUGCCGAUCCUUCGCUCCAGUCCUGAGGAUCAAGUUCUCUACCAGACCGAGCGCUACAAUGAAGAAACUUUUGGAUAUGACAUCCCAAUACGUGAGGAAGGCGACUAUAUACUCGUAAUGAAGUAUGCAGAGGUUUACUUUGCUCAGUCUCAGCAAAAGGUAUUUGACGUUCGACUAAACGGCCACGUGGUGGUGAAGGACCUGGACAUCUUUGAUCGAGUGGGUCACAGUACCGCACACGAUGAAAUUGUUGCGUUCUCCAUUCGACGCGGCAAGCUGAGUGUUCAAGGAGAGGUGUCGACAUUUAACGGCAAGCUCACGGUGGAGUUCGUAAAGGGCUACUAUGAUAACCCCAAGGUCUGCGCGCUCUAUGUAAUGAAGGGGACACCAGAAGAUGUACCAAAACUCCAGCCUCACCCUGGCUUGGAAAAGCCCGACAAAGAGGAGGAAGAAGAGGAAGACGGUGAUGAAGGAGACGACAUGGGCAAGAAGAAGCUCCCACCAGAUUCCAAGCCCCGGGUCCAAUCGGGACCCCGAACGCCGAACCCUUAUGCUGCCGACAACAGCAGCCUCAUGUUCCCCAUCCUGGUGGCAUUCGGCGUCUUCAUCCCCACUUUGUUCUGCCUUUGUCGGCUGUGAGACGACUGAACGGACACGAGACUAUGAUAAGGGAGGGGAGGGCAGGGGUUUCGAGGAGGUCAAAUUUACACACGACUCGGAGGAAAUACGGACCACGGAGGACAUUAGAACAGCAAGUGCAGGAGGAUGGCGAGCAGAGUGAAUGUUUGCCUUCCACCUUCUCUCUGCUUUGAACGACAUGCUUCAUCCAUUUCAUUUCCUGGAUGAAGUCUUUGGCCGCUGUACCAACUGUUUAGAAUUUGCACGCAGCGUGGGGAAAGAAAUAGUUUAGUCAGACACACAUCAUCUGGCCACACAUGAGAUUAGGAACAGGCUCCAUAUGGAAUAAACCACAAAAUGAACUAUGGGAAUACAGCCACCAUCUUUUUUGCUACUUGCCUUUCUGUCAACUUAAUCCAUUGUACACUUGGCGUCAUCUUAACAUGCUACGGAGAAGUGUUUGAGCAUUUAUUCAAUAGUCUUAUCCAUAUACUGUUACGCUCUUUGUCCUCACUAAUAAGACAAUCCAGUCUAAUUAACCAUUUUCCCCACUUCUGCCUUUGACUACAACUAGUAGGACUACUGUUUCUAGUGUGUGACAUAUGCCUACUCGUUGGACGGAGGGGUGUUACUAGUAAACCACGAAUUGACUAGAAAGGUUUAACUGUAUACAAAUAGGCCAAAAGUGACAGAUGCCGGUGAGUGGGGGAAUAAAAAUUGCUAGUAAGGCUGCAUAUUGCGUCUACUUGGAUAUAACUGUCAAGGAUAUGGACUACGUGUGAAUGUUCAAACAACUUUCCAUAAGAUGGAGACCUCAGGAGUGUCCCAGUCACACUAGUUGGAAUGGAUUUGAAAAGGUCUGUGGGAACCCGUCACCUGGUCCUUUAAUCUUUAAAGCUUGGAAUAUCAUAGCUGUAACUACCAGUGGACUGCAUAUUCUAAGUUGAGCUAUUUAAUAAGAUGGGCACAGGAACAUGGAGACAUUUUCUGCAAAUUUGCAAGGUUUAAUCUGUUCAAAAUAGUUCCCAGAGGCACCCCCACUCAGGAGGGCAGAUCUUUUAGUCUGUGUGUGAUGUGUGACUCCACUGCCUUAACUGGUUCCAAGUAAAUGUGUGGCGCUAAGGGUGCCAUAAAUAAAUUGCAGAGCCAGAAGAAAUAAGGUCACAGCGACCCAACGGGCAUAGCUCACGUCCCCCCAUCUUAUUGUGUCAAAGAGUCCAAAGCCACACAUUAGGAUGACAUCAUCUUUGUAUUUCACUGUUAUUGUCAUUGUUUUGAACUAGCUUCCAAAGUCAAAGCUCACCCUUAUGUUGGUAGCAAAACAAGAGGAGAGUCUGUAUUCCCUUGCGUAUUUAGUUGUUUGCUGUCAUGACUUAUUUGUUGAACAUGAAGUGGCGGUGUUUAGUUCCCAGAAGGAGCCUGUGGCCGUCGUCAUUGUGCUUGUCUUCCAUCCUUCAAGUGGCUCGAGUGUGUCUUACAUUGACAAGAAGAAAGCACAACAUCACUGUUGGUUCCAUGCAAAUGUUUACUCCAAGUCCCAGCAGCCUUUUAAAAACCUCUUGUCUUAAAUCUUUCCUAAUUGUCUGGCCUGCUCAGUUUUUUUUUUUUUUUUUUUACCCCUCAUGCCAAUGAGAACUUUGAUGCUUAGUUCAGCUGCAGUUUGUGGUUGCUGAGCAAACAUUUUUAUCUGUGAAAAAUCUUUAAUACCCGUGGCCUCAUUACUAGAGUAAUUUUUGUUUUAGUUUCAACCCUCAGACAUAACUAGACUCUUAGUUCUGGUUGAAAACGUUUCGCUCAAUGUUUUCUACAUUUUUCUUUCUUUUUUUUUUUUAUGUUCAACCAAAAUGAGUCUUAACCUGUCAGUGUCUCUUGCAUCCAAACCAGUUACAAAUUCAUGUGCUGUGGGUCCUCCCUUGCUUCUGUUUUUUUUUUUUUUUUUUUUUUUUGUCCUGAAUAUAGAGGUCAUGUGUUGCCAUUUUCUUUCCUGGCUUUUUGUUUAAAGAUGUGAACAUUAUCUUUAGCCAUCUGAAAAUGUUGCAUUCUAUGCUCACGUGUGUAUAUAUGGUUCAGGAUCACAAAGUUCCAUUCAGUGGUUCUCACUUUUUUGUUGAAACUGAUGUGUUGGGGCUUUGUUAUUUGUUCCACUUUUAAAGAAACUUGUGGCUUUUUUUUAAAAGGGGAACGGCUGUUGGGACAGUAUGAAACAACAACAAAAGAUUAAUAGACAGGCAAAUGAAACGGCUGUCAAAAUUUAAUAAAUUGACUUGUAAGGAAAAUGUGAGCUCUUCCACUUGCUUGUGUAAUUUAGAUCCGAGUGGAGCUCAUUUGGAAUUAGUGUUUGAAAUGUUGCCUCAGGAUGUCUUUUGAUUGGAGUAGUUAAACAUGUUUUAUUAGUGUGACAUUUUGCACUGCCUUGUGUGUCAUUGUUGUUGCCUUGAAUUCUUGAAUACAUUGUGCUUUACCAUCA